AUGGAGAUGUCGUCGGCCCCAGCCACGGCUGCCGAGAAGAAAGACGUCAAAAGUGGGAUCCUGGAGGGCAGCGGUUUCCCCGACCCGGGUGAAAAGGCCUGUCCUCUGGCGGUGGCCGCGGCGGCCGUCGCUGCCCAAGGAGUGCCACAGCACCUCUUGCCGCCGUUCCAUGCACCUUUGCCGAUUGACAUGCGACAUCAAGAGGGAAGGUACCAUUACGAACCUCACUCUGUCCACAGCGUGCACGGGCCUCCCACCCUGAGCGGCAGUCCUGUCAUCUCUGACAUUUCCUUGAUCCGGCUUUCCCCACACCCUGCUGGUCCUGGGGAGUCCCCCUUCAAUGCCCCGCACCCCUACGUGAACCCCCACAUGGAGCACUACCUCCGGUCUGUGCACAGUAGCCCCACCCUCUCCAUGAUCUCUGCAGCCAGGGGCCUGAGCCCCGCAGAUGUAGCCCACGAGCACCUUAAGGAGAGGGGGCUGUUUGGCCUCCCUGCCCCGGGCACCAACCCCUCCGACUAUUACCACCAGAUGACCCUCAUGGCGGGCCACCCCGCACCCUACGGGGACCUGCUGAUGCAGAGCGGCAGUGCCACCAGCGCGCCCCAUCUCCACGACUACCUCAAUCCAGUGGACGUGUCGCGAUUCUCCAGCCCACGGGUGACCCCCCGGCUGAGCCGCAAGCGGGCGCUGUCCAUCUCCCCGCUCUCCGAUGCCAGCCUCGACCUGCAGCGCAUGAUCCGGACCUCGCCCAACUCCCUGGUGGCCUACAUCAACAACUCCCGGAGCAGCUCCGCGGCCAGCGGCUCCUACGGGCACCUGUCCGCCGGUGCCCUCAGCCCAGCCUUCACCUUCCCCCACCCCAUCAACCCCGUGGCCUACCAGCAGAUCCUGAGCCAGCAGAGAGGCCUGGGCUCCGCCUUCGGACACACGCCACCCCUGAUCCAGCCCUCGCCCACCUUCCUGGCUCAGCAACCCAUGGCCCUCACCUCCAUCAGUGCUGUGUCCACCCAGCUGAGCAGCGGCAGCAACUGUGUGAGCGACGCCAACCAGAACAAGCAGAGCAGCGAGUCGGCUGUGAGCAGCACCGGGAACCCCAUCACCAUUCACAAGAGGAGCAAGGUCAAGACUGAAGCUGAGGGCCUGCGGCCUGCCUCCCCAGUGGGACUGACACAGGAGCAGCUGGCUGACCUCAAGGAAGACCUGGACAGGGACGACUGUAAGCAGGAGGCCGAGGUGGUCAUCUACGAGACCAACUGCCACUGGGAGGACUGCAGCAAGGAGUAUGACACCCAGGAGCAGCUGGUGCACCACAUCAACAACGAGCACAUCCACGGGGAGAAGAAGGAAUUCGUGUGCCGCUGGCAGGCCUGCACGCGGGAGCAGAAGCCCUUCAAGGCCCAGUACAUGCUGGUGGUCCACAUGCGGCGGCACACAGGCGAGAAGCCCCACAAGUGCACGUUCGAAGGCUGCUCGAAGGCCUACUCUCGCCUGGAGAACCUGAAGACACACCUGCGGUCCCACACCGGGGAGAAGCCCUACGUGUGCGAGCACGAGGGCUGCAACAAGGCUUUCUCCAACGCCUCGGACCGCGCCAAGCACCAGAACCGCACCCACUCCAACGAGAAACCCUACAUCUGCAAAAUCCCAGGCUGCACCAAGAGGUACACCGACCCCAGCUCCCUCCGGAAGCAUGUGAAAACGGUCCACGGCCCAGACGCCCACGUCACCAAGAAACAGCGCAACGAUGUGCAUCUCCGCGCCCCGCUGCUCAAGGAGAACGGAGACAACGAGGCCAGCACUGAGCCUGGUGGCCGGGGGUCUGAGGACAGUGCUGAGGCCAGCAGCAGCAGCCAGGCAGUGGAAGACUGCCUGCACAUCAAAGCCAUCAAGACCGAGAGCUCCGGGCUGUGUCAGUCCAGCCCCGGGGCUCAGUCAUCCUGCAGCAGCGAGCCCUCUCCCCUGGGCAGUGCCCCCAACAAUGACAGUGGCGUGGAGAUGCCGGGGACGGGGCCCGGGAGCCUGGGAGACCUGACAUCGCUGGAUGACACACCCCCAGGGGCCGACGCCCCAGCCCUGGCUGCCCCCUCCACUGGUGGCCUGCAGCUGCGCAAACACGGGACCACCAUGCACCGCUUCGAGCAGCUCAAGAGGGAGAAGCUCAAGUCGCUCAAGGAUUCCUGCUCGUGGGCUGGCCCAGCUGCACACACCCGGAACACCAAGCUGCCUCCCCUCCCAGCAAGUGGCUCCAGCCUGGAAAACUUCAGCGGCCCUGGGGGUGGCGGGCCCACAGGGCUGCUGCCCAACCCACGGCUGUCUGAGUUGGCAGCGAACGAGGUGACCAUGCUGAGCCAGCUGCAGGAGCGCCGCGACAGCUCCACCAGCACCAUCAGCUCGGCCUACACCGUGAGCCGCCGCUCCUCGGGCAUCUCCCCCUACUUCUCCAGCCGCCGCUCCAGCGAGGCCUCGCCCCUGGGCGCCGGCCGCCCCCACAACGCCAGCUCCGCGGACUCCUACGACCCCAUCUCCACGGACGCUUCGCGGAGGUCCAGCGAGGCCAGUCAGUGCAGCGGCGGGGGCCCGGGGCUGCUCAACCUCACGCCCGCGCAGCAGUACAGCCUGCGGGCCAAGUACGCAGCGGCCACCGGAGGGCCACCACCCACACCGCUCCCCGGCCUGGAGCGCAUGAGCCUGCGGACCAGGCUGGCGCUGCUGGAUGCGCCUGAGCGAUCUCUGCCCUCCUCUUUCCCACACCCACUAGGGCCCCGGCGAGGCAGCGACGGACCGGCUUACGGUCAAGGUCAUGGCCAUGGUCACUUGGGGGCUCUGCCCGCCUUCCCCCAUGAAGCCCCAGGCGGCGGCACAAGACGGGCCAGCGACCCCGUGCGGCGGCCUGAUGCCCUAGCUCUGCCACGGGUACAGCGCUUCCACAGCGCCCACAACGUCAGCCCGGGGACACUGCCACCUUGCACCGAGAGGCGAGGCCUCCGCCUGCCCAGCCACCCGAGCACCGACGGCAGCCUGGCUCAUACCGCUUACUCUCCCAGGCCACCCAGCAUCAGCGAGAAUGUGAUGAUGGAGGCCAUGGCCACAGGGAUGGACGGCACAGGGCCCGAGUCCGACCUGGGACUGCCGGAGGAUGACCUGGUGCUGCCGGAUGACGUGGUGCAAUACAUCAAGGCACACACCAGUGGUGCCCUGGAGGAGAGCACAAGGCAGGUGUACCCCACGGAAAGCACCAGCUUCCCUGAGAACCCCAAACUGCCCAGCCCAGGCAUGCAUGGCCAUCGCAGACUAGUGGCUGCAGACUCCAAUGGGGGCCCCUCUGGCCCCUCAAUGGGAGGCUGCCAGAUGGGCUAUGGGGCACCCUCCAACCUGAACAAAAAUAACAUGCCUGUCCAGUGGAAUGAGGUGAGCUCUGGCACCAUGGAUGCCCCCCUGCCCAGCCAGGUGAAGCCUCCGCACUUCUCUCAGGGCAAUCUGGCUGUGGUACAGCAGAAGCCAGCCUUCAGCCAGUACCCGGGGUACAGUCCACAAGGCCUACAGCCCAGCCCUGGGGGCCUGGACAGCACCCAGCCACACCUCCAGCCCCAUAGCGGAGCCCCCUCUGCACCCAGGGUGAACUACAUGCAGCCGCUGCGACAGCCAGCCACAGGUGGUCAGUGUCUCAGCAUGACCUCUGCAGGGAGCCCCCACUCCAACUUUGGCCAAGCCCACCCUCAGCUGAGCCCCAGCACUGCCGGUGGGGCCCUGAACCAGUUCCCCCAAUCCUGCAGCAAUAUGGCAGCCAAGCCAGGCCACCUGGGGCUUCCUCAGCAGAUGGAAGUUGCCUCUAACCCCUCCAUGAUGGGAGGCCACCACAGGGAAAUUGGGGUUCCCAAUUCAGCACUGGCUGGGGUACCACCACCUCACCCAGCCCAGAGCUAUCCACAGCAGAGCCACCACCUGACAGGCCCCCUGAGUCAGGAGGGCUACCGCCAAGGCUCUAGCCUUCUGCCCCCCCACCAACCCGGCUUCCUGGAGUCCCAGCAGAGCACCAUGGGCGUGGCCACAUCCAGCUUUGGCCUAGUACAACCCCGGCCACCCCUGGAGCCCAGCCCCGUCGGCCGCCACCGGGGGGUACGUGCUGGGCAGCAGUUGGCCUAUGCCAGGGCCACUAGCCAGGCCAUGGCUGCCAUGUCAGUCAAUCAGGAGACAUCAGAGGCUGUGCCCAAGGGAGCAAUGGGCACCAUGGUGACCCUGCCUCCUCAGCCACCUCCGCAGGAUGCAGGCGGCACUCAGGACCACAGCACUCUCCACUACUAUGGCCAGAUCCACAUGUACGAACAGAAUGGGGGCCUGGAGAGCCACGGAGGCUGCCCAGCCAUGCGGCCCCAGCCACCAGCACCACAGACCUGCCCGGACAGCAUCCAGCCCCAGCCCUUGCCCUCACCAGGGGUCAACCAGGUGUCCAGCACCGUGGACUCCCAGCUCCUGGAGGCCCCCCAGAUCGACUUCGACGCCAUCAUGGAUGACGGCGAUCACUCUAGCUUGUUCUCGGGUGCGCUCAGCCCCAGCCUCCUCCACAGCCUCUCCCAGAACUCCUCCCGCCUUACCACCCCCCGGAACUCCCUGACUCUGCCCUCCAUCCCCACGGGCAUCAGCAACAUGGCCGUGGGGGACAUGAGCUCCAUGCUCACCAGCCUGGCCGAGGAGAACAAGUUCCUGAACAUGAUGACUUAA